AUGCCACGCCAAUACUUUUGCUGGAAAGUCUGCCUCACCUUUGGCUGCGGCUGCAAAGAAGACACGGCCACCCACCACGUGUGCGACAGUUUUCGCACAAACUGCAGCUCGUGGGUCACGUACAAGACCACCAACAAGAGCUGUUCUUAUCACCGACGGGCUAAUGGCCUGGAUCUGAAGCAACAGGACGACAAGGAGGAGGAUUGGUCGGUCGUGAGCGAGGGCCCAGAGACGCCGGGGUCAGAGGAGGAGACGCAGUGUCAAGUGGGAUAUCAAGGGACCUGGGAAGGGCAGUAUCUGAAGAGGAGGGCUGCUUGA